AAAAAUAAUAAAGCAAAUAUUAUAAAAUAAAAAACAGAGUUCCAUUAUUUCUUAGGUUUUUUUGCGUUGGAUUCAUUUAAGUUUGAUGGAAGAUGAAACAUUAACAUCAUCAUAACACACAACCAUAAUUUAUUUCCUUAGAUUAGAUCUCUUUCUUCCUUAACUUAAACCUCAGAUUCUCUUUUUUUUUUCUAUUUGUAAUAAUUAUUAAUUACAUGAAUCUUUCUCUUCUAUGUUUGUCUCUCUCACUCCAAAUUUGUUAAUUAUAAAUUGUGGGUUUUGUCUGUUGAGCUCAAAACUGAAAACCCAGUUGCUGGUUUUGAUUAUUUUUCUGUUGGGUGUUUUUUAAUUCAAGUUUUUUGGUUAAAGAUCUCAUCUUUCUUUUACCAUAAAAUGUGGUUCAAGAACAGCAAAAAUAUCUUCAAAGUAACCCUCAAAUCUUUGGAUCUAACCACAUUCUCUCUAGAUCCAUCUUCAAAACUUGAAAAGGGUUCAUGUUAAUUGACCUAAUUCUACCAUUUUAAUGGCUAUGAUGCUGUUGUAAUUUUAGUUUAACCCUCUUUACAUUGGGGUUUCUUUGUUUUGGAAAUAAAGCAGGAGAAGAGAAGUUUGAAUCUUUAACCAUGUUGAAGCAAUUCUUGAGUAAACUCCCUAGAAAAUCAUCAAAGCCUGACUCAACUGAGCCAACUCGGAUUGAGGCUCCUUGUAUUCAGAGAUCCACAAGCUUAUUCCCUGCCUCUGGAGCUAAGUGUAAUGGUCCGAAGCGGACCUCAUCGGCUGUGUUUCCGGCCAGUGUGGUGGCUGGGAUUGAGCCUUUGGUUCCAUUCAAGGAUGUUCCAAGUGCAGAAAGAAUGAACCUUUUUGUAAGCAAAGUAAGUUUGUGUUGUGUGACGUUUGAUUUCACUGACCCAACUAAGAACACACUUGAAAAAGAUGUAAAGAAACAAACUUUGCUUGAGCUUUUAGAUUUUGUAGCUUCUGGGUCUGUGAAAUUCAGUGAGCCUGCAAUCUUAGCAAUGUGUAGAAUGUGUGCUGUUAAUUUAUUUAGAAUCUUUCCGCCGAAUUAUAGGACUAAUUCUAAUAGUUUGAGUGAGAAUGAGGAUAAUGAUGAGCCAAUGUUUGAUCCUGCUUGGCCACAUUUGCAAAUUGUGUACGAUUUGUUGCUUAGAUUUAUUACUUCUUCCUGCUUAGAUGCUAAAGUAGCCAAGAAGUACAUAGACCAUUCAUUUAUUUUGAGAUUGCUCGACUUGUUUGAAUCCGAGGAUCCAAGAGAAAGGGACUGUUUGAAGACAAUAUUGCAUAGAGUUUAUGGGAAAUUUAUGGUGCAUAGGCCUUUUAUUCGAAAGGCGAUAAGCAAUAUAUCUUACAGGUUUGUUUUUGAGAUCGAGAAGCAUAAUGGUAUUGCGGAAUUGUUGGAGAUUUUUGGGAGUAUUAUUAGUGGCUUUGCGUUGCCAUUGAAAGAGGAGCAUAAGAUUUUCUUAUGGAGGGUUUUGAUACCACUCCAUAAGCCAAAAUCUGUGGGAAUUUAUUUUCAACAGUUGUCGUAUUGUGUGACACAGUUUAUUGAGAAGGAGCCAAAGUUGGCUACGAUUGUGAUAAAGGGAUUGCUCAAAUACUGGCCGAUAACUAAUAGCCAGAAGGAGGUAAUGUUUCUUGGUGAAUUGGAAGAGAUUUUGGAAGCUAUUAACAUGGUGGAAUUUCAGAAAAUUAUGGUUCCGUUGUUCUGGCGGAUUGGGUGCUGCAUUAACAGUUUCCACUUUCAGGUGGCGGAAAGAGCCCUUUUCUUGUGGAACAAUGACCAAAUUGUCAACUUAAUUGCACAUAACCGGCAUGCGAUUAUGCCCGUCAUAUUUCCAGCUUUAGAGAAAAAUGCCCAUAACCAUUGGAAUCAAGCAGUGCUCAACUUAACUCUGAAUAUCAGAAAAAUGUUCUCCGAGAUGGAUGAACCACUAUUUGUCUCCUGCCUUGAACAAUUCAAGGAAGAACAAGAAAACCUAAGCUCCAUGUCCGAAAAGCGAAAGGAAGCAUGGCGGCAACUGGAGUACGCUGCCAGUCUCAAACCCGUAACAGGAAAUACCGCUGUCUUGGUAACUCCUUUCGCUGCCUCAAUUGCAUGUUAACCAAUGUAUUAUUAACUGCGGUUUUGGCCGAGUUUUUGUUUCAGCUCCCCUCUCCUUUCAUGGAAAUUGCUGCUAAUUGGGGUUGUAGGAUUUUUUUUUUGUGGGGAUGGUACUAUGGCAGAUAGUUAUUGUUGUAACUUGUACUGAUCAUCCUGUUGUAUUUUCUGGUGCUACUGUGUGGAUGUUAAUUUGCUUCCUUCUGUAAGCUUAAUUGGAAGUGCCAUGCGGUGUACUAUUACAAUUAAUUUCUUUUUGUGGUCAGCUUCUUUGCUAA